AUGGCAUCCGGCAGGGAUGGGUGCCACCCGCUCUUCUCGGGAUCCUUCGCCUCUUUCCACUUCAGCACCCUCGUGGCGCUGAGCUGCGUGUUCUUCACCUUCCCCGGCACCUGGCUGGGCCUGAACGUCUCCUGGGCUUUUCCCAUCAUCUGCGCCAACCUCCUCAUCCCGACCCUCCUUUACUUCUGCCUCACCAGUUUCACGGACACGGGAAUCCUCCAUAAAGGCAUCGAAGAAGAGCUGGAGAACCAGGCCAACACGCUGGGCAGCCCCCAGCAACACUGGUGCAACCAUUGUCAGUUGUACUGCCUGCCGCACACCUUCCAUUGUCACUGGUGCAACAUUUGUGUGGAGGAAUUCGACCAUCACUGCCUGUGGGUGAAUAACUGCAUCGGCUGCCACAACUUCCGUUUCUUCCUCCUCUUCCUCCUCUUCCUCGUCAGCUACGACCUGGCGGUGCUCCUCGCCUGCUUCACUUACCUGGCCCUCAACUCCCAGCAGCCCUUCGGCGUGGAGAAAAUCUGCACGGUGCUCCUGACCAUUCCUGCUGCUUCCUCCCUCGUGCCACUGCUAAUCCUGCUGUCCCACCAAAUCAUCACAGUUGUAGCUGCUCAGGAUCCAGGCACAUUCAAGGAUCCCUUUGCUAGCCAUCCUUCGGCCUGGAGGAGCUAUUUCUUUGCGCUGUGCAAGUUGCCCGAUGCCAAGCCACAACGGAGCUCAGCCUGGCCGGUGGCCGCAAGGACCGGCUCAAAGGGAGCCAAGCCCUUCUCCACCCUCUUGGUCACCGGCACCCCCACCCCUGACUCCGGACCGCCUGCCCAUCUGCCAGACUCUCCCCGCGAGCCAAAGGGGCUGAAGGCCUGGGGACAGUUGCUCGCAGCCGUGGGCAGACUCCUGCGCCCCUGCGUGGACAUCUGGCCAGGGAAAACCGCCAAGGAGGUUAGCCAAAAAGAAAACCUCUGGCAGCUGAAUGGCAACAACCGAAGUGUGGCCAUCACAAUCCCCGACAUCCUGGAAUCCGGAGAGAGCCCGGAGGCGGUGCAGGAGCCCCACUGGAAGGGCCAGAUCCACGGGAGCAGGCUGGCGCCCUCCUCUCCCACCGUCAUGCUGCUCUCCGUCUCCGACAUCUGA